GGAGGGAGCAGGGCUGGAGAAACCCCUCCACARCUGGUAUGGGGCAGCAUGUUCAACUCUGCUGACUGCUCUGCUGGUUGCCCAGACCCUCUGGUUUGUGUGUGACUCAGAGGUGAUACUCAGCACAGAGCCCAGAAUUGGGUAUUUUAUGUUCCUAGAUCACAGAGUGAUGUUUAGCUCUCUGAAGCAGUGGUGUCACAGCACUGGCAUUUUUGUCUGGCCCYCGGUUUUCCUCAGUGUUUCCUCUGUCUGGAGAGCUUUCCCCUGGACUCUGUUUGUGCGCUUGAUCUCUGUGCUGUUUCCAAGUGUGGUUCUUUGCAUUGUUCUCAUUGCUUUUCUUUCUAUUGAUUUGUGGGUGUUUUGGGAACUUUUCUUCAGUUUAUCAAUUCCGAUCAUGACCUCCAGAGUGCUUCCAGCUCUUAACUCCUGGGCAUCCUUUCAGGUUUUACAAAAGUGCUUUUCUCUUUCGUUGUUCAGGCCAUUAAUGGAAAGGAUGAACAGAAGCAGACCUGGGCUGAGCUCCCAGGGCCCAUACACAAGGAUUGCUCCUGUGGUGACAGGGAAUUGCUGAUAGCUACUCCUCAAUGUGUCACCGUGGGAGUGGUUGCAGGAUACCUCAUUGCACCAGGGCUCUGUCAUCACCUCAGUGCCAACAUCAUUUCAGGAAGAGGAGUURCUUGAGCUGAAACAGAUUUCACUGGAGCAAACAUCAAGUGCCUAAAUAGGACCAGCUCUACCACCCUGAGUUCUGCUGGUGGCAAUGUCUCGCUGGGCCAGUCUCCUCUGCACCGCUGCCAAAUUCCACCUGCUGCUGGUGCUGCUGCCUGUGCUCUUCUCCUGGCCAAGUCUGAGCGACAGAGCUCCCGAGUUUGCCCUAACAAAAAUAGAAGAGAGCGACAUAAAAGAUGAAGGUGGGAACGAGCCGGUGACAGAGGAUGACGCCGAUCCUGAAGACCUGGAAGUGUUUUACCCCACAGAUCAGUGGCAAACCCUGCGUCCAGGUCAGGCUGUUCCUGCAGGGUCCCACGUGCGGCUGAACCUGCAGACAGGAGAGAGAGAAGCCAAGCUCCCAGACAGGGAAAACGGAGAGAGCGACACGAGAGAAGAGAGAAGAAGGAAAAGGCUGGGCAAGGUCGAUGUCAAUGCAAAUUCAUUCACAUCCCAGGAGCUCAAAAAGGCCUUGGCUAAAAUGAAGGAAAGUGAGAARGCAGAAAGGAAGGCCCGAGAGGAAGAGGUGAGGAAGAAGUUCCGGCCCAUAGAGCAGUUGAAGGAGGAGUUUGAAAAGCUGAACAUGAAGAUGGAAACAGAUUAUGAAAUUAUGGUUAAAUUAAUCAGCAAAUUCAACAGCUCUGCCUCCAYGCUGGAUGAAAAAGUAGCAGCGCUUUAUGAUCUCGAAUAUUAUGUUCACCAGGUGGACAAUGCCAAGGAUUUCCUGUCCCUGGGCGGGCUCCGGCUGGUGAUCGAGGGGCUGAACAGCAGCGAGGCCACGCUCAAGGAGCACGCUGCCUUCGUCCUGGGAGCUGCCCUGUCCAGCAACCCCAAAGUGCAGAUCGAGGCCAUCGAGGGCGGUGCCCUGCAGAAGCUCCUGGUUAUCCUGGCCACGGAACAGCCCCUGGCUGUCAGGAAGAAGGCUCUGUUCGCCCUGUCCUCCAUGCUGAGACACUUCCCCUAUGCCCAGCAGCAGUUCCUCAAGCUGGGUGGCCUCCAGGUGCUGCGGAGCCUCUUCCGGCAGAAGGGCAUGGAGCCCCUCCACGUGCGCGUGAUCACCCUGCUCUACGACCUCAUCAUGGAGAAGAGGCUGCUGGAGGACUCGCAGCACGGGGAGCAGAUGGAGGAGAAGCGGCAGCAGUACCAGCAGGUCAGGCUGGUGCCGGCAGUGCUGGAGCAGGACUGGUGCGCCGUGGGGCCGCGCCUGCUGGCCCUGCCCGAGCACGACAGCCGCGAGAAGGUGCUCAAGCUGGUGGCRGCGCUGAUGGCCGUGUGCAGGGAGAGCUACCGGGGGGACCCCGCGCUGGGCACCGCCCUGAGCCUCCUGCGCAGCGAGUACGAGCAGCUGGCAGCCCAGGAACAGCAGGACGGGGACAUGGAUGGCUACUUCGGGGAGCUCCUGGGCUCCAUAAACACCAUCAUCCAGGAGCUGAGGUGACACCGCAGGAGCAGCCCAGUCCAGGGAACUCAGGGUGGCAGCGCGAGUUUGGGUGGCGCUGGUGUCUGUGCACUUUGGAAUAAACUGCUGGACUAAAUGGGAUCCCAGCACUGUGUGCCAGCAAGUUGGUUAUUGGAACAGCUCGGGGCAGGGGACGUGCCUGGUUUUCAUGGGGUGCURCUGGGAAAAGGGAGGUGAGCGUGGUGAGGGACCCAGGCCUCAGCUGGCACUGCCCAGCCGUGGCACCUGCCAUGUCCUGGGUGGGUCAGGAGGGAACCCAAGGGGGCUGCAUAGCCUCUCCCUUUGGGUGGGAAGGGCUGAGGGAUGCCCGUGAGGGUGGCUGUGCUGGCUGGAGGGAUGCUCUGCAGGGCUCUGUCCCAGCCUUUCCUUGCAGCAGGGCCAUCCCCUGGCUGUGACCACCCCACGGGACCCAGCCCCACCGGUGCAGCUCCCUCUGCCUGGGGCACAAAUGCCACCGGAUCCUUCCUCCACUGCCACCCUGCAGCCACUGGGCUGGCUCAGGGCCACCAGCCCUUCUUCAUGCUCAAAUAUUUGUGGCCUCCAUGUACAGCCUGUCACUUGUCACUGUUAAGUAGCAGGGCUAAUUAUAACUAUUGAUUUUUUUUUUUGAUCUUUCUCUUUUUGGGGUUUGUUUAGGCUCUUUUGCUGGCAUUAUUUUAUUUUAUCUAUUUCUAUCUGAAAUGCRUUUCUCAGCCAGCCCUGCCAGAGCUUUCCUUGUAGGUUUGAAAAAUAAAAUAUAUAUCUGGUGGUAACAGCCAGGACAAGCACAGGAAGGAGCUUUUCAGCUGGAAAGCCAAGCCUCUGAAGCGAUGCCAAGUGAGCAGGGAUCCAGCACGAGUGGAGGGGAUCAGCACAGGCAUUUCUGGGGCCCUGCCUGGCCUUGUCCCUGUCUCACAGCUGGAUUUAACAGGGUGGGUCUGUCUGAUGGGCUGAGCCAGGGAGAAAACCACAGCAGCCCUCCCGGCCCAAUCCCCAAAGCCAAAACCCCACUCGCUCUUCCUAAAGGUCUGAAACCCGACAGGUUUCUGAGCCGGGGCUCAGGGGACACCUGCGCUGGCCUUGGGGAUGGAGGGGGCUCCGGGCAGCUCAGGAGAGGGCAGGCGGUGGCUCCGGGKCAGUGACGCUCCAUGCCCAGCCCUGGGAUGGCCACCCCCGGGCUGUGACAGCCGGGGACAGGGAGCAUCAAAAGGAGCUCAAGCAACGGGAACAAAUCGCCAUUUCCCGGCAGUGCCGCUCCGGGGGUGGGUCAAGGCUGGGCGAGGUCCUGGGCAGCGCUGAUCCUCAGGGAACUCCACACCCACACCCUGUACCCCCUGCCCAGAGGGUCCGGGCCCUAUGGGGCACCUCUGGAACCUGCUGGGGUCACCCCGGAGCUCGGCAGCCCCUGGCCCUGRGCCCAAGAGAUUUGGGGGUUUGCAUUGGGGGUUCAGCCCUGUCCCCAUGGGGGAGGGGUGGAGCUGGCUCCUCUCCUGUACCGUGGGUGAGGCAGGAGCUCGGGCUGGGGCUGCCAAAGGCCACUUUGACCUUUGGUUGUGUCUGGGAGGACUCUCGGGCACAGGGCACCUCUAGCCCAGCUCCUUCUGUAUGAGAGCCCUCCCCACCCCACCACACAGCCCCCCCCCCGAGCCGCACUCAUCACCCCAGGGCACCUGCCUUUGGCAGCCGAAUAGAAAACAAACACGAAUUACCCGGAAWUACUGAGCACUGAGAGUGUUAAACGCAGAAAAGGACUCAAGGCAGGGCCCCCACCCUGUGCAGCAGCCAGACCCCCAUGGGCCAGACCCCUCACCGGAACAACCCCGGCACAGGGAGCAGGGGCACAGGGGGGGUGUCACAGCCCCCAAAUUCCUGCAGCCUCCCAGGCACGGAGCAAGGCAGGGCUGGAGCAGCCCCCGGGCUGGGGGGUCCCGGGGCGAUUGGAAACCUUGUGUAGAGCUCAGCGCGCCCCUCCCUCUGCAGCCCCAGGAGGUGGGACAGGCACUUCCAUCCUUCAUUUUGGAGCUGGCACGGUGCCCCCAUUCCUCCAGCUUCAGGAGGGGGUCAAGCAUUAGGUGCUGGAAUCCCAUCCGCGGCCAGGCCAGGAACAGUUCCAGCAUCUUCCCCUUGCACCCACCAGAGCAUCGGGAGGGUCGAGCUCAGUCUGAGCUCCCCAAAYGCCGGCGCUUGCUGGGCCAGGGAGGGGCUCGGAGAGAGCCCGGGCCGCGGUUCCGCGGGGCGCUCUCCAGGCUCCAUCGCAGACMGGCAGAGCCCGAGCCUUCAGCACCGGAGCAGCUGAUGGUGCCUKGAUGGAUUUUGCCUUUUCGCACCCAUUUGUUGGGGUUUCGCACCCGCUCCUCCCCGCCCUCUCCUCAGUUGUGUAUUUGAGGUUUGGCUGCCCUGGCUUUUUUUUGGAGCCAGGUCCUGUGUUAGAACGCACAGCUUGGGGUGCCCCUCCCCUCCCCUGUCCCGCCCCGGGUGCCCCCGCCCGCGGCCGCUCUGACACAUCCCAAAGGCGCCGGAGAGCGCGGGUGGGAAASGCGUUCAUUAACGGGCAUUAAAUCGUGGCACGGAACCUUCACACACAAUUAAAGUGGCAUAAAUUCAACGUUGGCUCCAUUCACCGCGGAAUUAAGAGCACUUGAAAUCUGGAAUAAGGCUAUCUCCUGAGGACUUAAUGUGGUUUCACUAAUACACUUUAGAAGAUAAUGUGGGUUCAUCUUCCUGAGAUCCCUGUACAGCCGGGACUGCUGUCCCAACGCACUGCAAAAAAAACCCCAAAUCUCUUCAAAUCACUGCCAAAACACCAAGCCCUACU